GCCUUCUCACUUUUCGGAGGUGCGCGACCAGUCUUCAUCUUCAUGAAUACCGUCAUGUGAAGACUAUAACUUUCUUAAUGGAAUGUGCAAGAACCUCCAAGCGUGUUCUUUAGUGAGCAAGAAUGAGAAUAAGAUGUAUAUUUCUACGUAGACAACAAUACAAGUGCUUCAUUUUUUCUUUGUCGUUGCUUGUGGUAUGUCUCCUGAAGCUUGUGCACAUAAAAGCCACUGUAAAAAACAGCUUUUUUAUUGAGCCUUAUGGAGUUACAGCAAAUGUUUAUAGAGUUCAGCCACCAGCAUAUGAUAUUAAUUGCUCUGCUAUUUAUCAAAUGGACCCAGUGGAGGUCGGGAAGUCUCUAGAAAUUAGACGGAAAGACAUUGUUGACUUGGAUGAUGACAACAUUGUGUCUUUGACCUCAGACUGUCUGGGAUACAUUCAGUCAAGAGGAUAUGCCAACCUGCCCCUCUCCAAUGAGGAGCGCCAGUUCCCACUGGCAUAUUCAUUGGUAGUGCACAAGCAUGCUUCCAUGGUGGAGAGGAUCCUGCGUGCAGUGUACAUGCCUCAUAACAUUUACUGCAUCCAUUAUGACCGAAAGUCAGCCAAAAGUUUCAUAUCCGCAAUGGAGAACUUUGCCAAGUGUCUUCCCAAUGUCUUCAUCGCCUCCAAGCUGGAAUCUGUACAGUAUGCCAAUAUCACCAGGCUUAAGGCAGACCUUAACUGCUUAUCGGACCUCCUGGGAUCAAAAGUCAAGUGGAAGUACGUCAUUAAUCUCUGUGGCCAGGACUUCCCGCUGAGGUCCAACUAUGAGCUUGUGGCCGAGCUGAAGAAGCUGCAGGGUGCAAACAUGCUGGAGUCCAGCCGGCCCAGCGAGCUGAAGAAACAGCGCUUUAAGUUCCAGUACAUGCUAAAGGACGUGUCUUUUGAGUACCAGAAGCUGCCAGUUAAGACCACUCAUACCAAAGCCCCACCGCCUCACAACAUCAAGAUCUUUAUUGGAAGUGCCUACUUUGUACUGUCGCGCGAGUUUGUCAGUUAUGUUGAUGGGAACCCGCUGGUGAAGGACUUCCUGGCAUGGUCGGCAGACACAUACUCUCCAGACGAGCACUUCUGGGCCACUUUGGUGCGAGUGCCUGCUGCCCCAGGUGCCAUCCUGCAAUCCCAGCCUGAUAUCACGGACCUCAUGAGCAGGACUCGGCUGGUGAAGUGGAAUUAUCUGGAAGGCUCCCUGUACCCACCCUGCACUGGUAAACACUUGCGAAGUGUCUGUAUUUAUGGGGCUGCCGAGCUGCGUUGGCUUCUUAAUUACGGCCAUUGGUUUGCCAACAAGGUGGAUCCUAAAGUGGAUCCGGUCCUUAUUAAAUGUUUGGAGAAAAAACUUCUGGAGAAGCAAAGACUCAUGGUAAAAUUGGCAUCAAGAUGAACCAAAGUUUUUAAAUGUCCAGACUGAAGUCCAAAUUGAAAACACACCAACCUGCCUUUAAACCAAAAUUGAUAUGGGCAAAUAGCAAUUAUAUUUGUUUCUUGUCGGCUGGCUCUGGCCAGAAACUCGUGGGACAGAGAUUAUGAAUGGAUGUGCUGCAAAUAUGUGGAGAAAAGCAGGUGAGAAGCACCAUGGUGUGUCGCCUCUUAUAGAUGUGUGUUGCGGCUGGCUGAUUCUUAAAGGAAUGCUGGGUUUGUUAUAAUAACAGGGAAGUAAGCUUUUUUUCAGCCAUAGUGAGGAAUGAUUGUUUUUCAUUGUCCACAUUGGAAACAUGUAUUGUGUCGUGUCUGUUGUUGAUUUUGUCCACAUGUUGCGUUUUGAAAUUAUCAUGGUUGAACAUGGAAAUUGUGCUUUUAAAUACAUAUUUACAGGGACAUUUUUACAGGGAUGUUUUUAUGAUCUUAUGUUAUUUUUUCAUGUACUGGAAUUGUCAUUUUUCCCUCAAAAUAUGUAAGUGUUACUGUACUGGAAGCUGUUUUGAGCACAAGUCUUCAGUAACUCCAAGAGUGACUGUUAUUGAGAUUAACACAACACAGAAUGAAGAGGCUUUCUCACUGUUUUUUCAUAAUAAAUGAACUAAAGUUUGACAUUUUGGGUUCAUGGACAAUUUAUUUUUUUACAUGUUUUGCCAAAUGUGCUUUUCUUGAAAAUAUUGUUAAACUGAUCCUGUGAGCUAUUUCUAGGGAAUGACAACAGGAAUUAAAAGCAUAUCUUCCUUCCCUUUUUGCCUGAAAUAAGACCAAUGCAAGACCAGUGUCCAACACAAUGGAGUCAAACUUUAGGAUAGGACUAAGAUUGCACUUGUAAGUGCAAGGGUUUUUAUCAUUUACAUUGUGCUAUUAUGUUUCAAAUAUGCAUUGUACUGUACUUAGAAAAUUGGUCUGUGGAAUAUAAUUUAUUGUUGACACUUAAAAUUGUACAACCAUAUAUCUGUGAAAUGUUCAUCAAGAAGGUAUCAAGUCUGAUUGUGUACAGGUGCAGUGGGACACUACUUGAUAUUUGAUUUGUUUUCACCAUUUGUGACCUUUAUGUUCAGAUGAGGGCUGUAUUUGUGUAACAAAUACAUUAAGGAAUGUAUGCUGGUUGGUUUCAUUUGUGUAGUAACUUCACAUUUUCUGCAUUUUUAUAUGGACAUUUUAUUGUUUUCUGAAAUGGUAAUAAAAAAUAAUCUUUUGGGAAUGUAUGAAA